CCCCCCCCGGCAGGUUCGCGCAAGCGCAGUGGCUCGCGCCAGGCCCCGCCCCCUGAACCUCGGCUAACGGCGCAAGGGCCCGAGCACCGAACGCGGUGGAACGACGAACAGUUGGGAUGGCCACCGGCUGGGGGAGCCUCUUACAGGAUGAGAAGCAGCUGCAGGCGCUGGCACGGGAGGCUAUGGACCGGGCCCUGGCGGAGGGAGUGUUGCUGAGGACCUCACAGCAGCCCAGCUGCUCAGAUGUGGUGAGCUAUGCCCCCUUUACACUGUUCCCCUCACUGGUCCCCAGCACCCUGAUGGAGCAGGCCUAUGCUGUGCAGAUGGACUUCAACCUACUCGUGGAUGCUGUCAGCCAGAACGCUGCCUUCCUGGAGCAAACUCUUGCCAGCACCAUCAAGAGAGAUGACUUUACUGCGCGCCUCUUUGACAUCCACAAGCAAGUGCUGAAAGAGGGCAUUGCCCAGACUGUGUUCCUGGGCCUGAACCGCUCAGACUACAUGUUCCAGCACAACGCAGACGGCCCCCCAGCCCUGAAACAGAUUGAGAUCAACACCAUCUCUGCCAGCUUUGGGGGCCUGACCUCCCGGACCCCAGCUGUGCACCGACACGUGCUCAGCCUCCUGAACAAGCACCAAGAGGCCGCCCGGAUCCUCUCCAAUAAUCCCAGCAAAGGACUGGCCCUGGGGAUUGCCAAGGCCUGGGAGCUCUACGGCAAUGCCAAUGCUCUGGUGCUGCUCAUUGCACAAGAAAAGGAAAGGAACAUAUUUGACCAACGUGCCAUAGAGAAUGAGCUCCUGGCCAGGAACAUCCAUGUGAUCCGACGAAGGUUUGAAGAUGUCUCUGAAAAGGGCUCUCUGGACUCAGACCGCAGACUCUUCAUGGAUGGCCAGGAAGUUGCUGUGGUUUACUUCCGGGAUGGCUACAUGCCAAGUCAGUACAGUGUACAGAACUGGGAGGCUCGCCUGCUGCUCGAGAGGUCACGUGCUGUCAAGUGCCCAGACAUUGCCACCCAGCUGGCGGGCACGAAGAAGGUGCAGCAGGAGCUAAGCCGAAGGGGUGUGCUGGAGAGGCUGCUCCCCGGCCAGCCAGAGGCUGUGGCCCGCCUUCGUGCCACCUUUGCUGGCCUGUACUCCUUGGACAUGGGAGAAGAAGGGGACCAGGCCGUUGCCAAGGCCCUCGCUGCCCCUCAGCGGUUCGUGCUCAAACCCCAGAGAGAGGGCGGAGGUAACAACCUGUAUGGGGAGGAGAUGGUGCAGGCCCUGGAGCAGCUGAAGGACAGCGAGGAGAGGGCCUCCUACAUCCUCAUGGAGAAGAUUGAACCUGAGCCUUUUGACAGCUGCCUGCUACGACCUGGAAGCCCCAUCCGAGUGGUCCAGUGCAUCUCAGAGCUGGGCAUCUUCGGGGUGUAUGUCAGGCACGGACAGACAUACGUGAUGAACAAACAUGUGGGGCAUCUGCUUCGGACCAAAGCCAUCGAGCAUGCGGACGGUGGUGUGGCUGCAGGAGUGGCUGUCCUGGACAACCCAUACCCCGUGUGAGGGCAUGGACUGCCAGCUGGAACUCCACUCUCGCCUUCAUCUCCAUACACGCCGUUCUGAGUCAGCAUCCCUCCCCCCAAUCUGGAAGGACUGGAACUUUCUAGGGUCCCAGAAUCCACGGGAAGGGUAAUGCUGGAGCUUUCCCCUUUCCCACAGCUCUCUCACCUGAAGACUAAGAACACUGUUUCCAUUAGGUGAAAUCCCCAAGUCCUCAGGGUGUGGGUAUAGCUGAAGGGAAGCCUCUCUGGGGUAAAGUGAGUGUUGCCACCAUCCUCUCAGCUCCUUAUUGGCCUUUUUUUUUUUUUAAAGCAGGUCCUAGAGUCUGACUUAGGCUAGGACUGGAGUAACAGGAGGGGGGAGUAGGGGCAUAACUUUUCCCGGCCUCUGCCUUAAAUAAAACUAGAUUUCUGACUCUGA